AUGUCAGGAAGAGGCAAAGGUGGAAAGGGUCUCGGUAAGGGUGGCGCAAAGCGUCAUCGUAAAGUGUUGCGCGAUAACAUCCAAGGAAUUACCAAGCCAGCUAUUCGUCGCCUGGCUCGUAGAGGUGGUGUGAAGCGAAUUUCUGGUCUGAUCUAUGAAGAAACUCGUGGGGUUCUUAAAGUGUUUCUUGAAAACGUUAUCCGUGACGCGGUCACCUACACCGAGCAUGCCAAGAGAAAGACUGUGACGGCUAUGGAUGUGGUAUACGCUUUGAAGAGACAGGGUCGCACUCUGUAUGGCUUCGGAGGUUAA